GCCCACAGACCGUCAGCCCAUCUCCGUCGAGCACCCUCUCAAGCUCUCUAAGAAAUGCGUCUCUCACUCGUCCUCCUGUCUCUUCUCCCUGCCCUCGCGAUCGCACAGAGUUCGGGAAACAACGACGACAAUGCGCAGGUCACUACCAUAUCCAGUGAGAUUGAGUCGAAUGGACAGAAGUCUACCCAGGUGAUCACUUCAACCAUCACCUCUGCCCCGAGCCAGUCGUCCGGCAACAACGAUGACAACAACUCGAACUCCGGGGACAACAACAGCGGCUCGGGCUCAAACUCGCAGAGCGGAAAGUCAGGCUCUGGUUCCGGGUCCGGCGGCGGUCACUCGUCGACCGUGAAGUCGUCCUCAACUCCCAGCAAUUUGCCCACAGCCGACGCCUCCGAUCUGAAUGGUGGCGGUUCGGACAGUGCGCCCGCACCCACGGCCGGUGGUCUCAGCCCGGACGAUAGCUACCACACGGACGCCGCCAUGUCGCUCACCGUCAACGGCUUGACCGUAGCGGGAGGUGCCAUGGCAUUCGGCAUGGCAUGGCUAGCGCUGUAGGUGGGGGAGGAGUAUCGCUGGAUUUUUGGGACUUUACGGACUCUGUAUGAGCUUUCAUGAUUUAUGUUCUCCUGGACUUUGCAUCGACAUACUACUCAGCAUAAUACGUUCUGGUGUAUAAUGGACCAUUCUUUCAC